CUUGAGAGUCUGAGACCCAUAUAUAUCCAUCUCCUUUUUCUCCCAAUUUGAAAUGAAAAUUAAUUCUAUAUUUGCCUGAAUUGUUUUUAUCCUCGAGCUUUCUUGCCACUAGUGAGACACGGAGACCCAAGAAGCAUUGCCCAGCGAGCCACCGGUCGGAAGCGCCACCAACUCGCAACGUGCUCUGCUUUAGAAGAGACUCUGUUUCUGCUUCUGCUGCUCUGCUUUUUCUGCGCAGGCCCAUUUCCAGUCUGUCUGUAAAUAAAGAAAGCGGAAAAUCAUUGGAGAGAUAUGGAUAAACCAGAGAAGCCAUCGUCGCUAAAACCAGCAAUGCCCAGAGGCUCUCGCGACUCGCUGGAAGUGUUCAACCCCUCCACCCGGCCAACUAACCCACCCAUCGUGUCCCACCCCGCAUGGCAGAGCUGGGUAGACCCACGUGGCAGCCCCGGCAGCCCAGACCCACCACCCAAGCUGUCAUCCAAGUCGGGUCGGGUGGAGGAGCUCUCCACCUCUUGGAUGGCCCUAAAGGACCCCACCCCACCGCCGCAGCCAUCACCGCCGCUCACCCAGAAGACCCUCUCGGCGAUCAUGCUCGAUCACGACGAUCACCACAGACCAACGGCGGCCGCGACGCCACCAGCGGCUGGCGAAAUCGGCACCGCGGCUCAGAGAGCCGCGGAGUGGGGUUUGGUGCUGAAAACCGAUACCCAUACCGGGAAGCCGCAAGGUGUCUCCGUCAGAACCUCCGGCGGCGGCGAUGACCCGAGCAACAAGGCCGAAACUUCCAGGCGAAACUCCAACAACUCGGUGCGGAGCUCGGGCGAAUUAUCGGAAGAUGGGAAAGAGAGAGGGAAUAUUCCCAGAGUUUCGGAGGACCUAAAGGACGCCUUAUCGGCUUUCCAGCAAACUUUCGUUGUAUCGGACGCGACCAAACCGGAUUAUCCGAUAUUGUACGCCAGUGCCGGGUUCUUCAAGAUGACUGGUUACACAUCCAGAGAGGUUAUAGGCCGGAACUGCCGGUUUUUACAGGGAGCAGAUACCGAACCGGAUGACGUGGCAAAGAUAAGGGGAGCACUGGAGGCUGGCAAGACUUACUGUGGGAGGUUGCUGAAUUACAAGAAGGAUGGGACCCCCUUUUGGAAUCUACUCACUAUUUCACCCAUCAAGGACGAGACCGGAAAAGUCCUUAAAUUUAUUGGAAUGCAAGUGGAGGUCAGCAAGCAUACGGAGGGGUCCAAAGAUAAGAUGAUGCGGCCCAAUGGGUUACCCGAAUCCUUGAUUCGAUACGAUGCUCGCCAGAAAGAGAUGGCCUCCAGUUCAGUGUCUGAGCUUGUGCAAGCAGUGAAGAGGCCUCGUUCCCUCAGCGAGUCAAUAAACCGACCCUUCAUGAGAAAAUCAGGUGGCGGCAAGGAAGAUGACAGACUUGAGGCUCUAGCAAGGAGAAACUCUGAGAGUGUUGCUCCCCCAAGAAGGAAUUCUCUUGGUGGGGGUUCUAGAACCUCAAUGCAGCGCAUCAGUGAGGUGCCUGAAAAGAAACCAAAAAAAUCUGGUCGCCGUUCUUUUAUGGGGAUUAUCAGGAAAACUCAAUCCAACGAUCACGAAAGCCUUGACAGCACUGAAUUUGCCAUGCAAGAUUGUGAUGGGAGUGAUGAAGAUGACAUCAAUGACAGUGACAGUGAGAAGAGGCCUGAGAGUGUUGAUGACAAAGUCAGAAAGAAGGAAAUGAGGAAGGGUAUUGAUCUUGCUACUACACUCGAACGUAUAGAGAAAAACUUUGUCAUUACUGAUCCAAGGCUUCCCGACAACCCCAUUAUUUUUGCAUCCGACAGCUUCUUAGAGCUUACAGAGUAUAGUCGUGAAGAAAUCCUGGGAAGAAAUUGCAGGUUUCUGCAAGGACCUGAAACAGACCCAGCAACUGUGAGGAAAAUUAGAGAGGCAAUAGACAGCCAGACAGAUGUCACAGUCCAGCUGAUUAACUACACAAAGAGCGGUAAAAAGUUCUGGAACCUGUUUCAUUUGCAACCUAUGCGUGAUCAAAAGGGAGAAGUGCAAUAUUUUAUUGGGGUACAGUUAGAUGGCAGUCAGCAUGUUGAACCACUUCGCAAUUGUAUUCCAGAGGACACUGCAAAAGAGAGUGAAAAACUGGUCAAAGAAACUGCAGAAAAUGUUGAUGAUGCAGUGAGAGAACUUCCAGAUGCCAAUUUGAAACCAGAAGAUUUAUGGAUUAACCAUUCUAAGGUAGUUUACCCGAAACCUCACAGGAAGGACAGCCCCUCUUGGAGAGGUAUCCAAAAGAUUCUAGAUGGUGGAGAACUGAUAGGCUUGAAACAUUUUAGGCCCAUAAAACCCUUGGGAUCUGGCGAUACUGGGAGUGUGCAUUUGGUGGAGUUGUGUGGAACUGGUCUGUGUUUUGCCAUGAAGGCUAUGGAUAAAAGUGUUAUGCUCAACCGUAACAAGGUGCAUAGAGCUUGUGCAGAGAGAGAAAUCCUCGACAAGUUAGAUCAUCCUUUUCUUCCUGCACUGUAUGCUUCAUUUCAGACCAAAACACAUGUUUGUCUGAUAACUGAUUACUGCCCUGGUGGAGAACUCUUCCUGCUUUUGGACAGACAACCCACAAAGGUCUUGAAGGAAGAUGCAGUGAGAUUUUAUGCUGCAGAGGUAGUCAUUGCAUUGGAGUACCUUCACUGUCAAGGGAUAAUUUACAGGGAUUUAAAGCCUGAAAAUGUUUUACUCCAGAGCAGUGGCCACGUGUCCUUGACAGAUUUUGAUUUGUCAUGUUUGACACCAUGCAAACCACAGCUUUUGAUUCCCAGUACAAAUGAAAAGAAGAAAAAGAAGCAGAAAGUUCAACAGAAUCCAAUCUUCAUGGCUGAACCUAUGCGAGCAUCAAAUUCUUUUGUUGGCACUGAGGAGUACAUAGCUCCGGAAAUCAUUACUGGAGCAGGCCAUACUAGUGCAGUGGACUGGUGGGCUCUUGGCAUUCUUCUAUACGAAAUGUUCUACGGAUAUACGCCAUUUAGGGGAAAGACUAGGCAAAAGACAUUUACCAAUAUUCUUCAAAAGGAUCUUAAAUUUCCAGGAAGUAUACAGGUGAGUCUCCAUGCAAAGCAGUUAAUGUAUCGGUUGUUGCACAGGGAUCCCAAGAACAGAUUGGCCUCUCGUGAAGGAGCAGAUGAAAUUAAGCGUCACCCGUUUUUCCGGGGUGUCAAUUGGGCUCUAGUUCGCUGCAAGAACCCUCCUGAGCUUGAUGCUCCUCUCUUUGAAACAACUGAAGCUGACAAGGAAGCCAAAGUCGUGGAUCCGGAAUUAGAGGAUCUUCAGACAAAUGUUUUCUAAUAGAUUUGAGUAUGGACACCAUAUCUCAUUUCAGAAAAGGAAACACAAUAGAGGCUCUGAAGAGCUCCUUGUUCUGUUGAGGAGUUGGAAUUUUAUUGGCUUGGCUUGUGCUUCCUUGCCUUUUGCAUUUUUGAUUAACAGCUUGGUAGCUGCUGGUAGGAGGAGAAAUUAAAGUUCAAUUGUGUCCUAUGUAAUAAAUACAUGGUGUAAUGUUAUUCCCAGUUGGUUUGGACUAAAAAACUCUCUCUC